CCAUCCAUAUAAGUCACACUUAACUCUGCAAUAACAUUUAUCUAUAUCUGUAUUAUUUCUUCCUCUCUACAACUUCAAACACAAACAAUGGCAAACAAGGUUGUUCUCCUAGAUUUCUGGGUGAGUAUGUUCGGCAUGAGGGCUAGAAUUGCUCUAGCUGAAAAAUGCGUUGAAUAUGAAUACGUUGAGGAAGAUUUGAGGAAUAAAAGCCCUCGUCUCCUUCAGGCCAACCCGAUUAACAAGAAAAUACCGGUUCUUCUUCACAACGACAAGCCCAUCUGCGAGUCUCUGAUUAUUGUUCAGUAUAUUGAUGAAGUUUGGACCAACAAACCUUCAUUGUUGCCUUCUGAUCCUUAUGAGAGAGCUCAAGCUAGGUUCUGGGCUGAUUAUGUCGACAAGAAGAUCUAUGAUGGUGGGAGGAAGACAACAUGGUCCAAAGGGGAAGAAAAAGAGGCGGGGAAGAAGGAUUUGAUCGAAAGCCUCAAGGUGCUGGAGAAGGAGCUGGGUGACAAGCCUUAUUUUGGUGGUGAAUCUUUCGGGUUUGUGGAUAUUGCACUUGUUCCAUUCUCCAGCUGGUUUGCAGCCUAUGAAGCAGAGGGUAACUUCAGCAUCGAAGCUGAAUGCCCCAAGCUGAUUGCAUGGGUGAAGAGGUGUUUGGAGAGGGAAAGUGUCUCCAAGGCCCUUGCUGACCCCAAGAAAGUUGUUGACUUUGUGAAUACUCUCAAACAGAAGAUGGCAGCUUGAGUUUGCAAGUUGAGUUGAUGAUUUUGAGUGCUCUGGUUGCUGUUAGUUUGGUUGAGAGCACUAGUUUCUUUGUUUUGUUUUGCUUUGGUUGUUUUCUUGUUUAGUGCUACUUGAAAAGGAGAUACUUGACUGUGUCUACUGAGUUGUAAUGUUUUAUCAAUAAAAUUUCAGAAUUUCUAGUCCUAA